AUGGAUCUGAAGGCAGAGCCCGGGGCUGCGGGCAGCUCGCAGCCUUCCAGCGUCCAAGCUUUCGCCACCAGCUCCACGCUGCACGGCAUCGGGCACAUCUUCACGUACGAGCGCUUCUCCUUCAGGCGCGUCGUCUGGACCCUGGCUUUCCUGGGCUCCCUCUCCUUCCUGGUUCACGUCUUCGUGCAGCGGAUCCAGUAUUACUUCGAGUACCCGCAUGUCACCAAGGUGGACGAGGUGACCGCCUUCAACCUGACCUUCCCCGCGGUCACCGUCUGCAACCUCAACGAGUUCCGCUUCAGCAAGAUCACCAAGAACGACCUGUACCACGCCGGCGAGCUGCUGGGACUGCUCAACAACCGCUACGAGAUCCCUGACCCUUACGUGGCCGAGAAGCACGUCCUGGAGGCGCUCAUCGAGAAGGCGAACUUUCGGAAUUUCAAGCCCAAGCCCUUCAACAUGAGGGAGUUCUAUGACCGGGCCGGCCAUGAGAUGAGAGACAUGUUGCUCGGCUGCAAGUACAGAGGGGAAGAGUGUACCCACCAGCACUUCAAAGUCCACCCCCUCCAGUGCGCUAAGGAAUCUUCCAGGUGUACGCUUACUGGGUUUGUUUUCACUGGAACGCAGGAGGGACAUAAAGGAGAGUUGCAGGUGUUUACGAGGUAUGGCAAGUGCUACACUUUUAACUCCGGGCAGACUAAAGACCAACCAAUCCUGACAACGAUGAAAGGGGGAACUGGGAAUGGUCUGGAACUGAUGCUGGAUAUUCAACAGGAUGAUUACCUUCCUGUCUGGGGUGAAACAGAUGAGACCUCCUUUGAAGCUGGUAUAAAGGUUCAGAUUCAUGGUCAGAAUGAGCCACCAUUUAUCGACCAACUGGGUUUCGGAGUGCCACCUGGAUUUCAAACAUUUGUUUCCUGUCAAGAACAGCGGCUAAUCUACUUACCUCCUCCCUGGGGAGACUGCAAAUCUACUCCAAUGGACUCAGACUUUUUUGAGACUUACAGCAUCACAGCGUGCAGGAUUGAUUGUGAGACUCGAUACCUGGUGGAAAACUGUAACUGUCGGAUGGUGCACAUGCCAGGUGAUGCUCCAUAUUGUACACCGGAACAGUACAGAGAGUGUGCAGAUCCAGCCCUAGAGUUCUUGGUGGAGAAGGACAGUUCAUAUUGCACAUGUGAGACGCCCUGCAACAUGACUCGAUAUGGUAAGGAGCUGUCCAUGGUAAAAAUUCCCAGCAAGGCUUCAGCCAAAUACCUGGCCAAAAAGUACAACAAAUCAGAAGAUUACAUCGGGGAGAAUAUUCUUGUGCUGGACAUAUUUUUUGAGGCCCUAAACUACGAGACAAUUGAGCAGAAGAAAGCUUACGAGGUGGCUGGCUUGCUGGGUGACAUUGGAGGUCAGAUGGGUUUGUUCAUCGGUGCAAGUCUUCUGACUAUACUGGAACUUUUUGACUACAUGUACGAGGUGUUGAAGUACAAACUAUGUGGCAUAUUGAAAUAUGGAAAACAACAGAAGAGAAACAACAAUGACAAGGGAGUAACACUCAGCCUGGAUGACAUCAAACGCCAUAACCCAUGUGAGAACCUAAGGAGCCACCCAGCGGGAAUGACAUACCCAGCGAACAUUCUACCUCACCACCCGCCUCGCAGCACGUUUGAAGACUUCACCUGCUGA